AUGUGGCUGUUCAAGAAGAAUGGGCCAUCUGGGUUCUCUUCGUCUUCCACUGCCGAGCAAGUCACUUCUGGGAUUGAUGCCUCUUCUCUCACCGCCAUUGUUACAGGAGCAUCCAGUGGGAUUGGUGCUGAAACAGCUCGUGUUUUGGCAGUGAGGGGAGUUAAUGUAGUCAUGGGGGUAAGGAAUAUGGAUUCAGGUAAAAAAGUGAGAGAAGAAAUUGUUAAACAAGCCCCCUCUGCCAAAGUUGAUGCCAUGGAAUUGGACCUCAGUUCUUUGGCCUCCGUCCGGAAAUUUGCCUCAGCUUUUAACUCCUCUGGUCGUCGUCUCAACCUUCUUAUUAACAAUGCAGGCGUUAUGGCAACCCCCUUCACACUUUCCAAAGACAAGAUUGAGCUGCAGUUCGCAACUAAUCAUUUGGGUCAUUUUCUCCUGACCAAUCUACUGUUGGAGAAUAUGAAAAAAACUGCUGUCGAAAGUAAGAAGGAAGGAAGGAUUGUAGUGGUUGCGUCAGAGGCUCACCGGGCUACAUAUCCUAACGGCAUCCGUUUCGAUAAAAUUAAUGACAAGUCAGGAUAUUCUUCUUACCUUGCAUACGGGCAAUCAAAGCUUGCUAAUAUCUUGCAUGCAAAGGAGCUUUCCAGACGUUUAAAGGAAGAAGGGGCAAAUGUAACUGCAAAUUCUCUUCAUCCAGGAGUAAUUGCCACCAAUCUUUUCCGUCACAUGACUCUCAUCUCUGGCGUAAUCGAAGCAGUGGGUAAGCUUGCAUUCAAGAAUGUUGAGCAGGGUGCAGCUACUACCUGCUACGUCGCAUUGCAUCCACAGGUGAAAGGGAUAAGUGGCGAGUAUUUCUCUGACAGUAAUUUGUCGAAACCAACCUCUUUUGGGCAGGAUGCUGCCUUGGGAAAGAAGCUAUGGGACUUCAGCAUGGAGUUGGUCAAGUAA